AGGAGGGAACAAUAAUGGUGAACAAGACCGAAAUAACUCCAGCCACAUGGGGUGUCAGGAGCAGCUUCCACUCCCUCGUCGCCUUGCUGGUCGCCUCUGUCGUUGUUGCCGUCCUCUCCCUCGCGCGCGACGGCUCUCGGUUUCGGCCGCUGCCGGACGAUGGCGCCUCACUUCAAAGCGCAGCCGGCGCGACGACGUCGUGCGAUCUGUUCUCGGGGAGGUGGGUGUACGACAACGCGUCUUACCCGUUGUACGAGGAGAAGCAAUGCACGUUCGUGUCGGACCAGGUGGCAUGCGAGAAGUUCGGACGGAAGGACUUGGGGUAUCGCCAUUGGAGGUGGCAACCUCAUGGCUGUGACAUUCCCAGGUUCAAUGCGACGUGGUUGCUGGAGAGAUUGAGGAACAAGAGGCUGGUGUACGUUGGGGACUCUCUGAACAGAGGACAAUGGGUGUCCAUGAUUUGCCUCGUGGAGUCCGCCAUCCCUCCCAACCUCAAAUGGAUAUCUUAUCGCCAUAAUCACUCGUUAAUCGCCUUCAAUGCCAUGGAAUACAACACGACGAUUGAGUUCUACUGGGCACCAAUGCUAGUGGAAUCCAAUAGUGACCAUCCCUAUAAUCAUCGUUUACCCGAGCGAGUUGUUCGAGUUCAGGCCAUUGAAAAGCAUGCAAGGGUUUGGUCGGAUGCGGACAUUCUCAUAUUCAAUUCCUACCUGUGGUGGCUGAGACCUGAGAUUAAAGUUUUGUGGGGAUCAUUUGGGAGUCCUGAUGGAAUACACAAGAUGGAACAAGCGCCUCGUGUGUAUGAAAUGGCCCUGAAUACAUGGUCAGAUUGGCUGGAGGUUCACAUCAACAGAUCCAAGACCCAAGUGUUCUUCGUCAGCAUGUCCCCAACCCAUGACAGAGCCGAGGAUUGGGGUGGACUCGACGGUCAUAAUUGCUACCAAGAAACUGAACCCAUCACCAGAGAGGGGUAUUCAGGAAGCGGGUCAAGGCCCGAGCUGAUGCGAGCUGUGGAGGCGGUUAUCGGCAGACUGCGAGCAAGGGGCCUUGGCGUUCGAAUCCUGAACAUUACGCAGCUAUCGGAGUAUCGCAAAGACGCGCACCCUUCCAUUUACAAAAGGCAGUGGCAUCCCCUGAGUCGAGAGCAGCUGGCCGAUCCGACAAGCUACGCCGAUUGCUUCCACUGGUGUCUCCCGGGAGUCUCCGACGUGUGGAACGAGCUCCUCUAUGCCUAUAUUCUCCGAAACCGGAGUCCAUGUUAGGAAAUGAAGGAGUGGGAGAGUGACAAAGUACUGGUGACUUUCGUGAGUUAAUUUUGGCAUAUAGUUGAAAGUUGGAGGGAGAAGGAGAAAUUUCUUUUUCCUGCUAAUCCCAAUGAUGCCUGCGCAGCCUAGAAACCAUGUGGCUUCCUGUCAAUCGUGCACCACUGGAUACCAGCGAGGUGUUGAUACGACAUUCAGAUGUGUGUCAUGUCAUGUCGUCGAUACAUGACAGCUUACCAAAUGACAUUAACAUAGGCCCCUAGAUGUCCACAUAAUUUUUUCAAGACUUUGACCAAUCCUAGAUCAUUUAUUUCUCUCAUCCAACAUCCAAUUGAUUGA